UUUUGCUAAACCUAGCAUGAAACUGAGAAAUGGUGGAAGCAUGAAGCCUAGAUAUAAAGACCAAUCCUCCUAAGCCCAACACGUAAGCCAGCAAAUCGAACUCCAUUUUCUGACAACCACCCUUCAGUUCUACUCUUUGGAGUUUGAACCCCUGGCACAGUCGUCGUCAAGAAACAGGCAGAAAGACAACAAUGGAAAAAGCUCAAGAAAGAGAGAGAAAAGAAGAAUUCGAUGCUUCAGAGAUCGAAUACGUUAGCUACGGUGGUGAGCAUCACUUACCAUUAAUCAUGAAUCUUGUGGAUCAAGAACUUAGUGAACCUUACUCCAUCUUCACAUACCGUUACUUUGUUUAUCUUUGGCCACAACUUUCUUUCUUGGCGUUUCACAAAGGGAAAUGUGUAGGGACUGUUGUGUGUAAGAUGGGGGAUCAUCGGAAUUCAACGUUUAGAGGUUACAUUGCUAUGUUAGUUGUCAUCAAACCUUAUCGAGGAAGAGGCAUUGCCACAGAACUUGUUACCAGAUCUAUUCAAGUGAUGAUGGAAUCAGGAUGUGAAGAGGUAACAUUGGAAGCAGAAGUAACAAAUAAAGGAGCACUCGCACUAUAUGGCCGUCUUGGUUUUAUUAGAGCAAAACGACUCUUUCGCUAUUACUUGAAUGGAGUAGAUGCUUUUCGUCUGAAGCUGCUAUUUCCCCAACCAGAGUUACACCCCUUUUUGCCUCUGAUGGCUGAUAGAGAUGCUACCCAGAAGCAUGAUGAUCUCUCACCAACAGAAGAGUUUUCUGAGCUCCGUAGAAACUUGUAAAAAGUGGACAUUUUCAUUGCACUUGCCGGUUUCUGUGAACUACAAACAAUGGGGUGAUAUUUGAUCUUUAGCACAGCCUCACAACUUGCACAGGAAUUCCCACAAGUGUGGUUCUUGAUCACUGAAGUUGUGUGCAUGUUUAUCGGCCUUGUCAAAUAGAAAUGUAUCAGCAUACAAGGCCUCAUACAUGUAAUACGUGUACAUUGUAACGUGUCAGCUGUGAUUAUAACAGUCAAUCUUUCUCUGUUCAA